AGAAAUAAUGAAAUCGAGGCCAAACUUAGCUCAAUAUGGAAGGCAACAGCACCGAAACUCAGCCCCAAGCGGCAAACGGUGCGUCGACAAAUGGCAGUUCAACAGAUAAGCAGACGCUAUAUGCAGUGCUGCAGUACCUUCGCAAGAACAAUCUGAAGGAAACUGAAACUCUGUUAAAGAAAGAGGCAAAUAUCCAAGAUGAUGAUGUUCCCAAAGAACAGCAGUCACAAAAUGCUUCAGAAGUUUCACAGGCCCUGGCUGCAUACAAGAGUGAAGGAGACCCAUCACUCUAUGAGGAUUUCUAUACAAAUUUAAAGAACUUUGUAGAACAAUCGUUGGAUACAUACAAG